AUGGAACCUUCCUAUCAUGUGGAUGUUUUACGUGGGCGAUGUCAAGAACUGCCCGAAGUUCGAUCGAAGGUCGUUCGUGUCUUUGUUAGUUCGACGUUUUCGGAUACACUCGCUGAACGAGACUCAUUGAUCGAUACUGUUUUUCCUAAAUUGAAAACUUAUUGUCGUGAAAAAUACGGUCUCGAAUUUCAAUAUUCGGAUAUGCGAUGGGGCAUUCAAAGCGAAUCAGCUGAUAAUCACGGCGAAGUUGAAACUUGUCUCAAUGAAAUAAAAAUGUGUCAAAAGUAUUCGGUCGCUACUAAUUUUGUGGUCCUAUUAAGUCAUCGUUAUGGCUCGCGACCAACGCCGGCCACUAUUCAUGCAUCACUAUUUGAACAAUUACAUCAGAUUGUUAGUUCAGAUCCUUAUCUCAACGAUGAUGCUGAGUUACUCUCUCAAUGGUAUCAAAAAGAUACGAAUUGUGUACCAGCUGCUUAUGUACUUCGUCCGACUUCUACACUAUUACCAAAUAUCAAGUCAAAUGAUUCACAUGAGAGAAAACAAGCUUCGAAAGAAUGGACAAAAAUCAAUGAUCGUAUUCGAACAUGUUUACGACAGGCAGCAACUAAAUCUUUGGAACAAGGUCAAAUUAGUGCAGGCGACUAUGAUGACUUCUUCAUAUCAGUUACAGAAAAAGAAAUAGUCAAUGGAAUUCUAUCAGCAUCGAAUGUUAAUCAGCGUACAUUAUGUUUUUUACGUGAAAUUGAAGAUAUUCAGAGUCAUUUAUCGGAUAGUAAAGCAUCAAAAUUUAUCGAUGUAAAUUCUUCGAAUGAUGAUGAACCUAUUAUUGAUCAAGAAGCUGAACAGCUACUCACGCGUUUAAAAUAUACACGUAUUCCAAAUGCAUUGCAAUCGAAUAAUAUAUUCUCAUAUAAGGUACAUUGGACACCAAAAGGUAUUAAUCGGCAUGAUCAUGCCGAGUAUAUAGCUAAAUUUAAUGAAGAUUUUUACAAUGCAAUAAUACAACAGAUCGACUCUUGUGUUAAAUCACGCAUUAUGAUAGUUUCCGAUCCAUUACACCAUGAAAUCUUGGAACAUGCCAUACAAUGUAAAACUUAUGUGGCGAAAUUUCAUGGUCGAACUGAUGUUCUCAAUAAACUUGAAAAACAUAUCAAGAAUGAUAACGAAAAUCGACCAUGUGCUGUAUAUGGAGCAUCGGGUUGUGGUAAAACAAGUGUCAUCGCUAAAGCGGCAACAGAGGCAUUGAAAUGGUGGUCUGAUCGAUCUGUAUCCGUCAUUCUACGUUUUCUUGGAACGACACCAUCAUCGUCAACAGUCUACAAAACUAUCCUCUCUAUAUCGCAUCAUAUCUGCAAAUUGUACAAUCUAUCGAUGCAAAUCUAUCCUGAUGUCCAACAACUACGCCAUCAGUUGGCAAAUGAUCUACUUAUACGUAUACCAGACGAUGAAUAUCUCAUUAUUUUACUCGAUUCAAUCGAUCAGCUUGAGACAGAUGCUUACGAUUGUCAAUGGUUGCCUGGAUUAUAUCCACACAAUGUCAAAUGCAUCGUAUCAACAUUACCCGAUCAUGGCAAUAUUUUACUAAAUUUGAAAAGCAUUAUGAAUUACAAUCCAACUUCACCUCAAGAUACAGAAGAUAUACUUAUACAUGUGCCCGCAUUUGAAGCAUCAACAGUAGAUCUAGUUUACAAUGAUUGGCUCGCAAUGAAAAAACGUUCAUUGAGCGAUGAACAACGUUCGUUUAUUCGUGAUUUAAUGAAAGAACAAACGGCAAUUUUACCUUUAUAUAUGAAACUUAUGUUCGAUAUUAUUUCGACUUGGCAUUCAUAUGAUUCUAUUGAUGUUGAAUUGAAAAGAUUAAAGACUGUUGAUGAUUGCAUUCGUUAUCUAUUCAAUCGUCUGAAAGUCAUUCACAAUGCUAUUUUAUUUCAACGUGCGAUUUGUUAUAUGACAGCAUGUCGAAAUGGUAUCAGUCAAAAUGAACUCGAAGAUGUACUUUCACUCGAUGAUGACGUUCUGAUAAGUGUUUUUGAACAUUAUAUACCACCUAUUCGACGUAUACCGGGUAUUUUAUGGACAAGAAUUCGAAAUGAUUUGGAUGAAUAUAUCACAGAAAAAGAAGUUGAUGAUUCAUCGGUUAUCUAUUGGUACCACCGUCGAUUCAUUGAAGUUGCAAAUGCUCAAUAUAUUUCAAAAAUGUCGAGUAACGAACGAACAGCUGUCUUUGAAAAUAUGGUCGAUCUAUACAAAGAAACAUGGAAAGGAAAAAAUAAGCCAUUUAAAAUCUAUGAUCCCAAAUUGGUCCGUAAAUAUAAUUUAGACGGAUCAAAUGGCGAAAUUCAAGCAAAUCGAUUUACAACUUCACAACCAACUGAAUUCAUCGAUGCCAAUGGUCGUGUUCAGUUCAAUAAAAGAAAAUUGAACGAAUUACCGCAAUUUUUAGGUCAAUUAACAACGAACUUAUCUAUUCCUAUUGCUGCUGACGAAGUAUUUUUCAACUAUUCGUUUAUGCGCGCUAAAGUUGUUUGUUCAACUUUCAAUGAUAUCUUGAACGACUUUCAAACAUUCAAAAAUGCUUCGUCGUAUCGUCUUUCUCCUGAAGUAAUCGCAACAAAAAAGGAGCUCGACAUACUUUCAAUGUUAUAUUUGAUUGUUGGCGCCCAAAUUCAAGAAUAUCCAGAAAAUUACCCGUUUGAAAUCUCUGUACGUCUUCUAGCUUUAUUUAGUAUUAAACCGCAUGUCACUAAUCUUAUUAAACAAUUGGAUGAACAAAGUGUUCGGCAUUUUUCUUUGAUUGUACCCUAUUGUCAACUUCAACCGCCAGGUAGCGGUUUAAUCUUUUCAAUGAAUCGACAUACGACAUCUAUAGUUGAUAUGGAUUUUACUGACGAUCAAAUGGUACUUAUUUCUCUUUCGGAUAGAAUUGUUGUAAUCGAUAUGCAAGCAACAAAAACAGUUCUAGAUAUUAACCUGCCGACGUUGGAUGAGCCCUAUUUGAAUUCGACUACAUUACCAGAUAUAUAUCAGUUCUAUGACAGCGAUGAAGUUGAAAAGGACACCUCAUCGAAUGAUAAAAAUGAUGAAUACAAAAAGUAUCUUUUUCUAGUUAAUUCUUUACAUCAUAUCUAUCUUGUAUCUGCUCAAGAGAACAUUAAAUUUGAACGGUCGUCCAGUGUUGGCUAUGCAACUGCGGAAGUUCUUCAUAGAAAACGUGCGCUUUGUAUCAUUGCAGAAAUAAAUGGAAAUUAUAUUGAAUGUUGGGAUGUUGCACGAAAUCGUUUGUUCGAUCGAAUUGAUUUUCCAAUGUCAAAAAUUCGAAAUGUUCUUUGUAUUAAAACCUAUUCAAUGAUUGUAACUGUCCUUCAAGAUGGAAUCAUACACAUACAUUCAGUGAUGGAUUGGAAAAAAUCCUCCUUUGUUUAUCGCGGUUCUAUUCAAGGUGGCCCGCAUCUUGGUUUAGUCGUAGCUGAUGGAGAAAUGUUAAUUAUUACAUUUGAUGCAACUGUUCCCAUUGAUUUUGCUAUUGUUGACUUAAAACAAUUUCAUUCUAGUGAACAAGUCUUAUCCGAUAGUCAUGUAUUGAAAACACUGAUGGCUUUCGAUCCUCCUAUUGGACCCAAACCAAUAAAAAGCAUCAUUCUGCCGGAUAAAGAGGCACAGAGUAAAAUUGAUAGCCACGCGAAUUUUCCACUAUUUAUAUGUAAGACAAAUGAUUGUCUAUUUGUCGUUCAUAAAUGUAAUCAAAAGUACAUAUCCUAUGUACGAAUCAAUGGUCGAUUCGAUAUUGUGUCGACACAUGCAAAAAAUCCUCACACUAUAUAUACAUCUCGUGGAGGUACUAUUGAACUUCAUAAAUGGGCAUGCGGUGAUAUUGACGAUGAUAGUAAGAAGAACAAUCACAAAUAUCAACUUUAUGUCUCCAUCGAUAUCAGUGCUUCACCGGUAACUUCAAUUAAAGCGUCGGCAGAAAACGCAUCCUUAUUUUUAUGUUCAAUGGAGAAUGGAGUAAUUCAAGCAUACUUUGCAAAACAAGCACGUGACGCCUACAAAAGCAUGCCGUCUUUUCCACGUACAAAUGAAGUCAUACGAACUGUUCAACUAUUUCAGAAGACUGCAAUUACUCUGGAUGGUUCAAAACGUGAACUCACAACAUGGUCUUAUCAACAUGCGACAUCCAUUGAAUCUACUCGACUCUUUCUCGAUGAUAUAACCGUCAACGAGUUCGCUGUUGUAUCUAGCACUUUGGACUGCGAGAUCAUAUUUGUACUCAUACUCACGAAUAAUCAUUGGAUUGAAAUCUAUUCAGCGAAAUCACUUAAGCGUGAACCUCUAUUUAGUCUUGAUCUUCGUUCUCCAUCAUGGGUUCAUUCGACACCCAGCGGAAGCUUUUACGUUUUAACAAACAAAGGUUCUAUAUAUUGUAUCGCUCAACAAGUCACUUCUGACACUGAAAUCAUAUUCAAUCAAACUGCUAAUACUCAAUUGAACAUUCAAUGUUCGAUGAUGCGGAGCUCCGUCCUAACUCUCAGUGGAUUAGAAUGUUUGAUCGUUCUUGCCGAUAAUGGACAAUCUAUGGCGAUCUGGACGUUGGAGAGAAUUGUCUAUAUUGACAUAGAUGUUUCACCGUAUGUUUCAUCGGCGCAAUUGAAAUCUGUUCUCAGUGAACAAAGAGAAAAUGUGCUCUUACUAUAUUUCAAUAAUCAAACUCUUAUUUCGGUUGAAGUGAAUCUUGACAUAUCGAAUCAUAAAGGCCACGUUCAGUUGUCUCCGUUUGGUGAAAUCGAUAAAUUUUGCCUGAAAAAACAUUCUCUUGCUGUGUACAACAAAGGAAAAACUCAACUCAACUUGCACAAUCUAUGCACACAUACAUCUUACGAUCCAAUUCAACUUGAUAACCAAUGUCAAGAAUUAUGUUUGAAUGAAUCGGGCACUUACGUUUUUGCUCUAGUCAAACCUCGCGUCUUAUUUAUGUAUCGCAUUGAGGAUCGUCGGCAAUUGGCAAAAUUAUUUGUUUACGACUUUGUUUCGUUUAUGAUAGCUGAUAACGAUUUUCUCGUAUUAGCCAUGAAUGAUCGACGUUUAUUAACAUUAAUGAUUGCUGAUCCUGAUGAUCCAACGUUACAAGCGAGAAUAGCAGCGUUACCAAGCAGGAAUCUUCAACGUUCAACCGGGUCCGCAGCAGCAAAACUUGUUGAACAUAUGGAAAAGUGUGCCAAUUUUAGUUCAGAUGAUGAUGAGAAAUCAGAUUUCGAAGGCGAUGAUACUGCAGCCAGUUAUCAUCCUACGAACAAAGGCGACACAAAAGCGUCUAUAAAAAGCAACAAUCGACCCGUGAGCUGUUUUCGCUUCGUAACUCGAUUGAAUGGUCGACAUGCACUAUCGAAGAUGAGUAGUGACAAUGAGAUGAGUUCGAAAGUCAUGGCUACAUGGCUCAACCAAUCAGAAACUAUCGACAUUGGGAGUAUGGUAGAUGAUUCCGACAGUGAAAUUCAUGACGAUGAUAACGACGUAGAGUCUCCCAAUAGGACUGAUCAAAAUGAAGAACAGCAACAUGUUGACAUUGAUUUAAAUAGUAUUCAUCAAAAAACGUUGGAAUACGAUCAACAACAAAUCAAAGGAAUUCAGUUUACCAAUGCCGGUGAUGGAAAUUUGAAAGUUGUGAACAACUAUGUAAUAACUUCAAGCACAUGCACUCUUGUUUAA